CCUCCCCUGAGCGGCAGUCGGCGCGCGCAGCCGCGGCCGUUGCUCUCUUCACAUCGGCGGAGUGCUCGGGGCUCGGCCUGUCGUCGGCAGCAUGUCGCGAUACGGGCGAUACGAGACCAAGGUGUACGUGGGCAACCUGGGCACGGGCGCCGGCAAAGGCGAGCUGGAGAGAGCCUUCAGCUACUACGGGCCGCUGAGAACCGUGUGGAUCGCCAGGAACCCGCCGGGGUUCGCCUUCGUGGAGUUCGAAGACCCGCGGGAUGCCGAGGACGCUGUGCUGGGCCUCGACGGGAAGAUAAUAUGCGGCUCCAGGGUGCGGGUGGAAGUGUCGACGGGGAUGCCUCGCCGCUCCCGUUACGACCGGCCUCCUGCGCGGCGCCCCUUCGACCCCAACGACAGGUGCUACGAGUGCGGUGAGAAAGGUCACUACGCUUACGACUGCCACCGCUACAGCCGCCGCCGGAGGAGCAGGUCCCGGUCUCGGUCCCGCUCCAGGUCCCGCGGCAGGAGGUACUCUCGCUCCCGCAGCCGCAGCCGCGGUAGGAGAUCGAGGUCAGCUUCCUACCGCAGGUCCAGAUCCAUCUCUCCUCGUAGGUAUAGAUCAUUCUCGCCCCGCAGAUCCCGCUCUGGCUCUUUAAGGAGGUCAAGGUCUAGAUCCCGCUCACGCUCCAGGUCCCGGUCUGUUGUGUGGCCUCGAAGCAGGUCUGGGUCCCAUGGUAGAUCUAAAUCUGGCUUACCUGCUAAAAGUCGCUCCAAGUCCAGAUCACCAUCUCCAAAGAGAAGCCACUCCCCGUCGGGAAGCCCUUGAAGGAGGAGUGCCGGUCCGGAGGGCAUGGAUUGACCUUGCAGAUGUUUAAGAAGAAGAUUUAUUUUGUUUACAUGACUAUAAGGGAUUUUUGUGGUGUCUUUAUAAAUGUCAAGGGCUUCACCUGUUGGUAAGGCUGUUUCUAUUGACUAACCAUUGGCAUGAACCCAGACCUUGGCUGCCAAGUCCUUCCCAGUAGACCAAUGCAGACCUGUUCGUUGUGUUACUGUUGUGUGAGCUGGAGGUAGGUGUUGGGCUUUUUUUAUUGGCUCCUGGAAAUAAAACUCUGCAUUUCUAACGAAGAAUGAGGUGCUGGUCACCCUGCUGCUGCUUUGGGAAGAGCUGGGAGGGGGCUGAAGC